UGUGAUAGAAUUUAUUCUCUCUUACUCAGGAUUUACUGUAAUCUUUGUUCCACCCUGAGUUAAUCGCUCAAAGAUGGCGCAGAGCGAUUUUAGUCUUGUCCAGCGUAUAUACGAACUCGAAUCAAGUUUGUCAGAGCGCCUAAUGCGUUUAAGUUAUGGAGAUAAGGUGCAAUAUACGUACGAUCCCAUCCAGUACGCCAGUGUUCCUCACUGCAAUUACCUACACAUGUUCUGCUCUCCCAAGCCUGCUUCUCUAAUGCUGUUGGGCAUGAACCCUGGGCCGUGGGGUAUGGCUCAAACCGGGGUUCCGUUCGGCCACGUUGGCGUGGUGCGUGACUGGCUGGGAGUAACAGGAGAGGUUAGGAAGCCUUGCAACGAACAUCCUAAUCGCACAGUGCUUGGAUUCUCCUGCCACCGAAGUGAGGUUAGCGGUGGUCGACUCUGGUCUUUGUUAAAGUUGCUUUGCUGUAACAAUCCAAGCGUUCUUGCGAAAUCAAUUUUCCUCCAUAACUACUGCCCUCUCCUCUACCUUACCUCCACCGGGACCAACGUUACUCCCGCAGACCUCAAGGCUGCUUAUCGCCGCCCCCUGGAGUCUCUGUGUGACGCGUCGCUGCACGAUGUCGUGUCUCUGCUCGGCGUGACGGACAUCUUGGCUGUGGGCAACUACGCUUGCAACGGCGCCCGUCGAGCGGUGGCUCAGCUUCCUGUGAAGGUGCACAAACUGAUGCAUCCCAGUCCCCGCAACCCGCUGGCCAACAUCGACUGGGAGAGCGCGGCGCUGCAGCAGCUUCGUCAGGCCGGUCUACUUGACCGCUUCCCGUACAACGGAGGUUCCUCCAACAUCUCGUGAUCUUGGAGGAAAAGCAGUUGAACGUCUACUCGUUCCCUACCUGCUAGCAAAUUAGUUGCAACGAUGGCUU